AACUAGGAAAAAAAAAAAAAGGGUUAAAAUAGGCGAAUAAGGGCAGACGCGGCAGUGGAAGAGCGCCUCUCGUGGUCCUUCCCCACCUUCUGCAGGAGUACGCAGAAAUAUCAUUUUCCAGGAGCCACCCAGCACCAAAACUAUGGGAGCAGAAACCUUGGUGAAGAACGGAGAGAUACGGGUUCAGCUUGAGGCUAAGGCUCCUGUUAUACUGGGACUCCAACCAGCCGCCCUCAUUGAUCAUGUGGCUUGUGUGGAUAAUGACUUGCUCGAUCAAAUUCCCGGUGAACGUGGUGGCUCUAUUCCGGUGGCAAUCGAGGACCUUGGCCAUAUAUUAAGUCAGUUGAAAAAGCACAUCCGUAUUUCAGCUGAUAGUCCAUCUCCUGUGAAGACUAUGGCUGGUGGAAGUGUUGCAAAUACUAUUCGAGGACUUAGCUCAGGCUUUGGGGUUAACUGUGGAAUGAUUGGGGCCUAUGGGGAUGAUGAGCAGGGUCGAUUGUUUGUAAAUAACAUGAACUUUAGUGGAGUUAAUAUUUCUAGACUGAGAAAGAAGAAGGGACCUACAGCUCAGUGUGUUUGCCUAGUUGAUGCAUUUGGCAUUAGAACAAUGCGACCUUGCCUAUCAACUGCUGUAAAAGUUCAGAGUGAUGAAUUGACCAACGAGGACUUUAGUGGUUCUAAGUGGUUGGUGAUGAGAUACGGGAUACUAAAUUUGGAAGUUAUUCAAGCAGCUAUAGGAAUUGCCAAACAAGAAGGUCUUUCCGUCUCCUUGGAUUUGGCCAGUUUUGAGAUGGUUCGAAAUUUUAGAGAACCUCUUCUACAGUUGCUGGAGUCAGGGUUUAUUGACCUCUGCUUUGCCAAUGAGGAUGAAGCGAAAGAAUUGCUAAGGGGUGACCAGAAUGCGGAUCCUGAAGCUGCGCUGGAAUAUCUGUCCAAAUAUUGCCAAUGGGCUGUGGUUACGUUAGGUCCCAAUGGAUGCAUCGCGAAACAUGGACAAGAGAUUGUCCGAGUUCCAGCUAUAGGGGAGGCAAAAGCAGUUGAUGCCACAGGAGCUGGGGACCUGUUUGCUGGUGGUUUCUUAUAUGGAUUGGUCAAGGGCUUAUCUCUUGAGGAAUGUUGCAAAAUGGGUUCAUGUAGUGGUGGAUCAGUGAUUCGUUCACUUGGGGGUGAGGUAACACCGGAGAAUUGGCAAUGGAUGUUCAAGCAGAUGCAGAUCAAGGGCCUCCCACUUCCCGAUAUUCGGAACUGAUGUCUUCAUAACAAAAUAAGCAUGUUAUUCACUUUCAUUGCUAUGAUUUAUUUUUCUGAAGAAAAGGGCAGCUUUAGUUGCGUUUUGGGGCUUGAUUGACUUGUGCGCACGACUCCUCGUUUUCAACAGAAACAUUAGGAUGUGCAAUGUUGAGUUAUCACUGAAUUAUUCUGUAGGAACUUCUUUGCAAGAAAUUCAGUCCUAUUGAGUGUUACCAGAGGCA